UUCUCAGUGGUAAUAUACUAUAUAGAUAAUACAGAAAUGCCAUGAGUAUAGGGUUCCAUUCAUAUCUCAUAUUACAUACAUAUUUUAGUUUUAUGUAAAAGCAAAUCUUUAUGCAGAAUUAUUCAAAAGUAAGAAGUAAUUAUUUUUUAUUUCGUAAAUAUUAGUGUAUAAAUAUGCCGUAUUGUGUGGUUUAUGGUUGCAAUAGCAAUUCUCAAUGUGACAAAAAUAUAUAUUGGUUUACUUUUCCGAAAGAUUCUCAGAGAAAUCGAGCUUGGGUUCACUAUUGUAAACGACAGGACUUUACACCGUCUAAACAUAGCAGAAUUUGUUCUAAGCAUUUUACCCUUCAUCAGUAUAGCAGACACCCAGAAAGACUUUUAGAAUUGGGAUAUCCGGGUGCGAAGGCAGCACUGAAAGAUGACGCCGUACCCGACAUUCCUGUAGUUGUGGAUGCAGAAAAAGGACCAUCUUCUCCUAAAAAGCCUAGGUCGGCCUUCGAAAAAAGACAGAAACGUCAGGUACAAUUGAUCCUCUUUAUUAUUCAUCGAAACUUAUGUGAAACAUACGUUCAUGGUUAUCUGUAUGGUUUCAAUACUUAUAAACAAUUAUUAUAUUUGUAUAUCUUUCUUCCCGUUUUUGUUCUUCUGAAAAUUGUCACAGGCAUUUAUCUUAUUAACAUGAAAAGGUAUUUAUCCAUUUACAAAAUACUACGAUCCAUUAAAAAAAUUAUCGUAAGUAAUACUGAAAUGUUCAGGACUUCCGAGUAUUUUUUUUUCUCGUAUACUUUUUUUUCUGAAAUGAGUUGUUUGAGGAUAAUUUAUAAUUUCGCUUGAAGAAGGAGUCCGUGUAUUGCCAUUCUGAAUCUAUUAUAAAAUGAAAUAAACGAAUAAGGUUUCGCGAGUCUUGCUAAAGAAAACAUAAAAAAACAUAUCAAUUAUUCAAUUCCACCAGAAAUCUGCGACAGUCCUUUCCCGAAUACCACGCAUAAAAAAAGGUGUAUUUACGGGAUAUAUGAUUUUUUUUACAUUCAUGUAUGAGAAUAUAUUUUUUUUAAUGAAAGCAUUUUUUUUAAAUAAAAAUUUAAUAUCAUCUAUAGGUUCUUGAAGAGGCCUUCAGUGAUUCAUUAGAUAAGUCUUUAGACUCCAUUGACAUUGAAACUGAAUCGUCACCCGCACAUGACAGUAUGGACAUUCGGGAAGAGGAAGCAAUUCCGGUAGAUGUACAAAAAACAUUCGAGACAACUGCUUCUAAUACCGAUGCCACAAACAUGACAACACAGAAAUUUCAAACAGAUUCCAUUCCACAGAGAACAAGAAGAUUGCAAACGUCAAAGCCCAAGAGAAAAUCAAAAGGCAUCCAGUGUAACCCUUCAGAUAUUGAUUCAGAAUGUCUAGUCGCCACAUCAAAAAAAUUGAUAACCGCAAAUACUACAAUCAGUAGCCAUACACCGGUAGCGACCGAACAAAACUUGGAUGACAAUGAUGAGAUGGAUGAUGAUGAAGAUGAUGUAGAUGAAUAUGAUAAUGAUCCUGAUUAUAUUUAUAACGAGUCCGAGGAAGAAGAUGGAGAUGAUGAGUAUGGUUCUGAUGAAGACGAAGAAACAAGCAAUUACAGGAUGGAAGAAUAUAAUAAUCCAAUUGAAGAAAAGUAUUACAUGGUCUCUGAAACAGCAUUAUUUCAGUUACUCUCAGUAUGUAGAGAGUGUAACAGUCGGUGCGUUCCAAUAAUUGAAUUCAGUAGAGGGACAAUGAUAUCUACAUCAUCUGUAUGUGCUUUUGGACACGUCUACAAGUGGAAAUCCCAAAACUGUCAUGAAAGACUACCAUGGGGAAAUCUUUUACUUGCAAGUGCCAUAAUGUUUAGCGGAAAUAAUACAGCCAAGAUUGUAAGAUUAUUCGAUCAAAUGAAACUGAAAGGUAUUAGUGAACGCUCAGUAAGAAGACUGCAAACAGCAUACACAUCAUGUGCUGUUAUUUAUGAAUUUGACUCACAGCAAGCAGACCUCCUUACUUCCUUGCAAGGUAUGUAUAUUUCUUCAUAGUGUUACUUCGUUUAUUAUACCCAAGUCUCUUUUAAUUUAUUUCCUGGAAUACAUGUUUAUUUCUAUCCUCAUUUUCUCCCACUCUCAAAUUAAGUAUCUUGUGACAGAACAUAAUAUAUUUUCUGUACGAAAUAAUUUCAUUGUUUAUUAUAUAAAUAAAAAUGUUAUAAUCUUCAUGCAUUACACUUUUUAAUAUUGCAGGUCCAGAUAAACAAGUAGUACUUGGUGGCGACGGAAGGUGUGACAGUCCUGGUUAUAGUGCUAAAUAUGGCAGUUAUACCCUGAUGGACUUGAACACAAAUAAAAUAUUGGACAUUCAGCUUGUUCAGGUUUGCAUUAAUUUAACACUUGAUAGGGUUAUCGAUAUUAGUUUUAAAUUAGAUCUGUAUAAAUGAUUCCAAAUGAAUUCAGCUUAACAUGCAUACAACUAUAAAACGGGUUGAUUGUUGCUGUCCAGUGGCAAGUAUUUCAUGAAUAUUACCCAAAUCUCAUUGCUUUUAUCUAAUUUUUAAAUUAUAUAUGUAUAAAUGAUUAGGAAUAAAUACAAUUUAACAUGCAUACUACGGAUUGAUUGUUGUUGUCCAGUGGCCAGUAUUUCAUGAAAUUUUCUCCAAAUCUCAUUGUUUUCAUAAAUUAUGAUGACAAAUAAUUUCAUUGUUUGCUUAUUUAUUUCAGUCUAAUGAAGUUAAGGGGUCAACCCAUAUGGAAUUGGAAGGACUAAAGAGGGGUUUGUCCCUUCUUAUGGACACUAAUAAUAUUUAAGUCUCAACGCUUGUCACAGAUAGACAUGUUAUGAUUAAGAAGUUCAUGAAGGACAACCAUCCAGAAAUAAAUCAUUAUUUCGAUGUAUGGCAUAUAGCAAAAGGAAUAUCAAAAAAGUUGGAAACCAGAGCCAAGAAGAAAGAUACAGGGGACAUAAGACCAUGGAUAAAGAGCAUUGUUAACCAUACAUAUUGGGUAGCUGCAUCAAGUGGGGAAGAUCAAA